AUGACGUCUCAAGCCCUUGCAUCCCUCACUGCUACUUACACAGAUUCAGAAGGUGAAGAGGAUAUGGAAGAUGGGCAACAAACACCUGAAAAGGAAGAAGUUAAAGGUUCUCAAUCAGCUCCAACUAGUCCACAUUAUGCAGAAGAUUCAGUUAAAGCAGCAUCAGCACCUGUAUCUCCUAAAAGAAGGUUAGUUUCAUAUAAUGAUGACACUGUUGUUUCUGAUGAAGAUCCAUCAUCGCCUAGCGCUGAAAACCAAGACGACAUGCGGAGAUUAUCCAUGGAAACUGACACUGAUGAAGCAGUUCCUAGAUCAGAUCCUGAUGAUUCUGAAGAUGGUGUUGCCAUACCACCUGAACCAACUAGUAAAUGUCCGAAGGAACUUCAAGAGACAAUAGCAAAAUUCUACAGUCGAAUGGUAAAUGAAGGUUUAGACAUGAAUAAGAUUAUUCAAGAUAAAAAAAAUUUUAGGAACCCUAGUAUUUAUGAAAAGCUUAUACAGUUUUGUGAUAUAAACGAAUUAGAUACAAAUUAUCCACCAGAAAUAUAUGAUCCAUUGAAGUGGGGUAAAGAGUCAUACUAUGAUGAAUUGGCCCGUGUACAAAAGGUGGAAAUGGAUAGGCGAGAGAAAGAGAAGAAAGAGAAACUGGCUAAGAUAGAUUUUAUUUCAGGAGUAGCAAAGAAACCAACUGAGAGUGAUGAAGAGAAGAAACGAAAGUCAAAGUGGGACCAGGCAGCUCCGAAUGUAGCAGCUAAGCCUGCCAUCAAGCAACCAGGAUUAGUACAACAGCCUUUGACAAGCAAUGUUACUGGUACUAAAGGCACAGUGAUUUCUGCAUUUGGUUCUUUACCAAAGAAGCAAAAGAUAUGA